CGCGGCCGCCGGGCCAUGGAGCUCAUCGAGCUGCGGGAGCUGCAGCCGGAGCCGCGGCCGGGCCGGGGCCGCCUGGAACGGGCCAACGCGCUGCGCAUCAGCCCGGCCCGCCGGCCCGGCCCCGGGGCGCACCCCGACCCGCGGCUGACGGCGGCACCGGGCGCCGGGCACCGCUUCGAGCCGCGGCGCCGCGGGCUGCACACCUGGUGCGAUCUCUGCGGGGACUUCGUCUGGGGCGGCGGCAGGAAGAGCCUCCAGUGCCGCCACUGCAGCUUCACCUGCCACUACCGGUGCCGGGCGCUGGUGCAGCUGGACUGCGGCGGCCCCCCAGGUGCUGGUGACGAGGACGAUGGCAAUGAGCAGAUGCUGGAGAAGGACACCAACGUGGAUGAGCCCAGCGAGUGGGAAAAGGCAGAGCUGGACCAGGCGCAGGUGGAGCAGCGGAUCAAGGAGUACAACAGCCAAAUCAACAGCAACCUCUUCAUGAGCCUGAACAAGGAUGGCUCCUACACCGGCUUCAUCAAGGUGCAGCUGAAGCUGGUUCGUCCUGUCUCGGUGCCGGCCACCAAGCGGGGCCCGUCCCUGCAGGCGGGGCGGCCACACCCCCAGGGGGUGAAGCGCCGCACGUCCUUCUACCUGCCCAAGGGGACCGUCAAACACCUGCACAUCUUCUCACACACCCGCGCCAGCGAGGUCAUCGAUGCCCUCCUCCGCAAGUUCACCGUCAUCGACAACCCCCGCAAGUUCGCCCUCUUCGAGAGGUCUGAGAAGGAUGAGCAAGUGUAUCUGCGGAAGCUGGGUGACGACGAGCAGCCCCUGCGGCUGCGGCUGCUGGCCGGUCCUAGCGAGAAGGUGCUGAGCUUCAUCCUCAAGGAGAACGAGACCGGAGAGGUGAACUGGGACGCCUUCACGCUGCCGGAGCUGCACAACUUCUUGCUGAUCCUGCAGCGGGAGGAGGAGGAGCACGUGCGGCGGCUGCGGCACCGCUACGCGCGCUGCCGCCAGAAGAUGCAGGAAGCGCUGGCCACGCUCACGCCGGGGUGACCACGAGGCUCGGGCCGAGGCCAGCCAGUGCACCAAGAUCCUCGCCCACCGGCGGUGGGGGCGGCAGGGAGGGGGGGUGGAACGGGGCACCACGGACCCACCGGGCUGUCACAGCCCCCAUGGGGCUGGCCCAGAGAGUGAGGGUUCCUGGUGGGAGCGAGAGCGAGUGUCACCCGGUAGUGGGUGUCCCCAGGGAGCGUGUGUCCUGGGGGGAACGAGUGUACCCUGGGGGAUUGCGUGUCCCCAAGAGAGCGUAUGUCACCUGGGGGAUUGGGUGUCCCCAGGGGGGUGGGUGUCCCGAAGGGAGCGUGUGUCUUGCGGGAAGCAAGUGUUACCUGGGGGAUUAGGUAUCCCCAGGGGAGUGGCUGAUAUGGGGGGAGCGAGUGUCCCCAGAGAAGUGAGUGUCCCUGGGAAGAAGCAGGGCAUCGAGCACCAAUAAAGGCAUCUUGGUGACGA